AUAAUACUAAUGCAAAAGCUGAAAAUGCAAAAGUUGAAAAUGCAAAAGUUGAAAAUGCAAAAGUUGAAAAUGCAAAAGUUGAAAAUGUAAAAGUUGAAAAUGCAAAAGUUGAAAAUGCAAAAGUUGAAAAUGCAAAAGUUGAAAAUGUAAAAGUUGAAAAUGCAAAAGUUGAAAAUGUAAAAGUUGAAAAUGCGAAAGUUGAAAAUGUAAAAGUUGAAAAUGCAAAAGUUGAAAAUGCAAAU